CACUGCGGCCCUAUGUACCCUCGACCUCCUCCCACCUUCCUUGCAUCGCCUAGCCUGUAUGGCCUUCGUUUGUUUACAGGUCUAAAUCUAUUUCAUGUAAUCUUACAUUAUACUGUAGGACCACAUUCGUAAUUCAUGAUGGAUGUAGCGGUUUGUCUCCAGGAUUUUGAGGACUUUGCCACCACAUACCUCCCCAAGAAUGCCCUUGAUUAUUACAGGAGUGGUGCGAAUGACGAACAAACCUUGGAUGAUAAUCGAGAGGCAUUUAAAAGAUUGAGACUGUACCCCCGUAUCCUCCGAGAUGUGUCUAAGCGUGAUAUGUCAACCACUGUGUUGGGUCAGAGGCUCCCUUAUCCCAUUGCCAUAGCACCUACAGCUAUGCAGAGAAUGGCCCAUCCUGAUGGCGAAGUGGCAACGGCACGUGCGUCUACAUCGAUGGGCACAGGUAUGAUCCUCAGUUCUUGGUCUACCAGGAGCAUUGAAGAGGUGGCUGAGGCCUCACGGAAUGGAUUGAGAUGGUUCCAGCUCUACGUCUACAGGGACAGGGACGUCACAAGAGAUCUCGUCAAGCGGGCUGAGAAGGCGGGCUAUAAGGCUAUUUUUGUGACGGUGGAUACACCCAUGUUGGGAAAGAGACUGGCUGAUAUGAGGAACAAGUUUUCCUUGCCGGAGCCAUACAGAUUAGCCAACUUCACCAUCAAGACAAACCGGGGUGGAGUACAGGGAUCAUCCAGCUCUGGUCUAUCAGAGUAUGUAGCAUCAUUGAUUGAUCCUUCACUAAGCUGGAAGCACAUUGAAUGGCUCAAAACUAUCACAUCACUGCCAAUCAUACUCAAAGGUGUCCUCACAGCUGAGGAUGCGAGGGAAGCUGCAGCACAUAAUUUAGCUGGUGUGGUGGUAUCUAACCAUGGAGCGAGACAGCUGGAUGGGGUUCCUUCUACAAUUGAUGCCUUGCCUGAGGUUGCUGAUGCUUUGAAAGGCACUGGAUUAGAGGUUUAUCUUGAUGGAGGAGUCAGGACUGGGACAGAUGUUCUUAAGGCAAUAGCCCUUGGAGCGAGGGCAGUGUUUGUCGGUCGACCAGCAUUGUGGGCAUUGACUUGUAAUGGUGAAGCAGGAGUGAAAAGAAUGCUGGAGAUCUUGAAGGAUGAAUUCAGUCUUGCCAUGGCUCUUACAGGUACCACAUCUAUUUCAGAAAUCACCAGAAGACUUGUUAGAAGACAACCACCUUCUUAUACAUCUUCAAAACUAUAAUAGAGUUAUCCUAGUGAUCAUAUAUUUCUACCGUAUAUACUAAUGAAAGAUUAUAUUUUUUACUACACGUGUUCAGUCGACCAUAUUAUGUAAGUUUAUAGGAAUUUAAACUUUCAUGUUAUUCCUACUGAUAUUAUGAGAUGAUGGAGGAGUGGUUGUGGAUGGGAUUCACAACAUCUGCCGAUUUCCCCCCAAAGUAGGUUAAUGAACCUUCAAUCCUGCAAUGUGUAUUUACUACCAACAGGUCUUUCCUCAAAGGUGAUUCCCUGCUAUGUGUCCCUUACGAUAUUUAGCCAUACAUUUCAUCCAUGAAUGAAAAAUCUCUUGAUUUGACUAUGAUUUUAACUAAUGGUACUGUUACUAUAAAACACCUUUAUUCAAUGGUCAUAUCAAGAGAUUCUUUAUUUGAGGAUGAACUUUGUGGAAGAAAGACAUAUCAUACGGGAGACAUUGCAUGGAAUUGCCUUAAUGCACAUACUAUUAAACCACUUCAAAGGAUCCACGUUCUGAGGGAAAUUUCUCAAAAUUGUAUCUCUUUGAUCACUCUUCCAUCUAAUGUAGCUAUACUCCAAUCAAUCCUGAAUAAGAUGCAGUCCCAGCAGUGAGUAAAAUUUGAUUAUUAGAACUAUUAGUAAUAAGUAGUAGUAGUAUUAAAAGGGAAAUCCAAUUUGUCUGGUGGUGGAAGUAACUGUGGUGCAAUACAAACAGAUACUCUGGCAGUACCUACUUUAAAUCACACCACUUAAAGAUUGUGAUAAUGUUCUUGUAUCAGGUAAAGUAUAUGUAUCCAUUUGACAUACAUUCAUGAUGAAUCUACUAAUAAUCACGGAUAUCAUAUUAUAAGUUUGUUUAAGUGUUGAAAGAAGAUUAAUGACCAAAAAAAGAUUAUUUUCAAUGUGAAUCAUUUGUCUUCAUUUAUUUUGUGAAUAUAUAUACCGGUACAUGUUUAUUUUUUUUAAGUUGACCUAUGAAGGGCUAGCUUAAGUGUUCAUUUGUGAUAAUAAUUUGAAUCUGAAAUAACAAUGUUUGCAUCUCUUUAGUCUUUAGAUAUCACUUACACAGUAUUAUCAAUGUUUUCAUUCACUAUUGGGAAAAUUUAGAAAUUGUUCCCAAAAAUAAAAACACCUAAAAUAAAAUUGACGAUUGACUGAAGUUAUUCAGUGGAAGAAAACAAGGAUACAUGUGAAGCCAGAUGAAAUUCACUAAUGAUGGAUUAUAUGACUUAUUGCCAUGUGUCACAAAAUGAAAGUUGUGUUUAUCUAUGUUUCCAAAAUAUUUUUGGAAGUUCCCUCCCGAAAUUACCUCAUGACAAGAUGUGUUAAAUUUGAAAUAUUAUAUAUUUCAUCGAUAUUCAAGUAGACCAUGAUCUAAUAGAUGCCUUAUUUCAUUCUUUGCUUUAGAAACAAGCAAUAAAAUUAUGACAAAUGACAUUCUGUACUUUGAAAAUAUGCUAUUAUAUGUCAAAAAUUCAGUUAUGUACCAUGACGUAAGAAUAAUUCAAAUGUUUGAAAACUCUAUGAUCAAGUGUAAAUGUUACCUACACUUUUUUUUUUAUGCCAAGCAACGUUUCUUGUGCAUUUAUUAUCUGUUCCCCAUGUUCACAAAGUACAUGUAUCAUUUAUGUGUGUUGUUGCUAUAGGUUAGGGUUCAGAUAUUUUGAAUUUUAAUGGAGAUAUAUUCCUGAGAGUUUUUAUUUGAAUAAUGAUAUGUUAUGAUGAUCAUAAUGUGAUUAUGUAAGUGAUGUGUGACGCCAGGUGACUGAAUUAUAAUGUCUCUCCAUGAAUAGUUCAUUUAAUGAACGGCAGUGAGACCAAUAAAACAAAACAGAUAUUAUGGA